AUGAACGGCAACUCACGCGGCUGUAAAGUCACCCUAGGCGCCCAAAAAGGCAAAGCUCACUACCAAAGUGGCCUCUUGCAAGGUAGGCAACUGGCGCUGGUUGCUACCGACAUAGUUGAUGUUCAUCAAAUUUUCCAAACUAACCAAAGCCGAUUGUUGCGGGCUGUGACCCGGACGAUGCUUGGCUGCCAAUCUGACGCCCAGUCAGAAGAAGGCACUUCCGCCUGGUGUUGA